UGCAUGGUGGAGAUCAGUGGAAAAGAAGCCCACAAAUAAGAUCAUUAAUGGCUUCUUUCACCUCCUCUCCAGCACUCAUUACCGGUUUUUUCUUUCUCUUCUUUGCAUUCACUUUCACAUUCGGGCAGUCGUCAGUUCCGGCUGUUUAUGUUUUCGGUGACUCCCUUGUGGAUGUUGGCAACAACAAUUACAUUGAGGGUUCUAUUCUUAAAGCGAAUUAUCCUUAUAAUGGCAUUGAUUACCCUGGUGGUGAAUCAACUGGAAGGUUUUGCAAUGGCAAAAACACAGCAGAUCUUUUAGCGGAAAAAGUGGGAUUGAUGGCAUCCCCUCCACCAUAUUUGUCCAACACAAGUGAUCUUUACCUGAAAGGAGUUAGCUUUGCAUCUGGAGGAUCGGGACUCUUCAACACCACCGGGGAAGGUUUUCUUCGCAAGACUCUUUCUCUAUCAGAACAAGUGAAAUAUUACACUACGGUCCAUGGUCGAUUAGCGCAACAUCUAGGAGUUCAGGGAACAAAGCAACAUUUAUCAAAAUCACUGUUCCUGGUGGUGACUGGAAGCAAUGAUGUUUUCGCUUAUUUCGAAAACGACGAGAUAAGAAAGGUUAAAACCCGUGAUCAAUAUAUCAAUGAAAUGAUUGCCAUCCUUCAAGAUCUCAUGAUGAAACUACAGAGUUUGGGAGCUCGCAAGUUCGUGGUGCCUGGAUUAGCAGCUCUUGGAUGUACUCCGGCACGAAGAUUCGAGAGAAACAAUGAUGAUUGCAAUGCAGCAAUGAAUGUUAUGGCAACCAAGUACAAUCAAAAUCUUACAGAAAUGUUGGCUACACUAAAGUUCAAUUUCAAGGGCAAAAGCUAUUAUACUUAUAUUGACACUUACGCUUUACUUUCUGGAAUCAUUCAGAACCCUGCAACUUACGGUAAAGGAUAACUAACAAAUCUAACUUUCUCACCUGGGUUCCUUCCUCCUCAUUAAUGUAGUAUUUGCCAUUUCUGAUCUUCGCAGAACUGUGCAGGUUUUAGGGAGGCGAAAGCCGCUUGCUGUGGAUUAGGUGAAUUAAACGCGGAUUUGCCUUGCACACCCCUCUCCAUAUUCUGUCCCAACAGAACAGAUCAUGUAUUCUGGGACAGACUACACCCAACUCAAGCAACUGCAAGUAUUGCGGUUGAUACGCUUUACAGUGGUUCACCACCAAACGUGAUUCCCCUCAAUGUGCAGCAGCUCAUUGCCCUCUAAAAUUUGUUAUAUACAAGUUUUGAAUCUUACUUUUCUCCCAUGUUUCUUUGUUUUCCUCUAACAAGAGCCAUAAUGCUUAUGUUCAUGGUUUAUACACAAUGUACCGAAUCAAUAACAUUGCUGAGAGUUGUGUGUUUAUUUAACUAAUUUAGUUCAAGAAAUGCCCUUUGAGGGUGUUAAUAUAACAUCAUUGGUGUAUAAUAAAAAAGAAAGCUUGAACAGUAUCGAGAGUGGAAGUUAAAGUAAACUCAGAUACGACUUGAUAUUUUCGUAUUCGUCAAUUGGUCCAAUGGAGGAAUUUGCCUAGACAAAUAUAGGCAUUUACAUAGAAACUUCAAGCCCUUCUAGGCAAAUGGAGGAGUUUACACAAUUUAAUGAUUUGGGCAUAGUACAAAUGUGUAUUCUACACACCUACAUCAUUGACAUGCAUCUAGAAAAUAGAUUCCCACAAACGUCUUCAGCUUUGGUUCGACUAAGAAGUCAAAUAAAACAAGCUUCUGCAGAUCUGCAUUUCAAUUAUCAAUGUGAAAAGUGUCAACUACCAAGUUGGUCCCCUGUGGACAGAGAAGUCCGUGAUUAUAUAGAACUGUAAGUUUGCAUUAUCUGAAAUAUCUACAUUGUAGAUAGGCUUUGGCAACAGAGAGAACCAGCUCAUAUUCUUAAACGUAUCAGACAUUCGAAGCCUGCUGCUAGGGAGAAUAUUACUAACUUCAGAAAGCUUACAUUUUGAUUGUUGGAUCAGCAAAGUGAAAGCAUAAGAGAUGUUCUGACCAGCAAAUCAUUCUCUCGGUAUGAAUUAUGACUAGUUAACUCAGGUUUUCUGCCCAGCCACAAACAUUCUCCACAUUUUACCGCAUGCAGACAUAUCUUAUAGUAUAGUAUAGGUGCAGCUUUUGCAUUAGUUGAAGACCUAAAAGGGUGAUAACUUUUGUGAAACAGACCAAAUACUGUCAUAAUGUUAUUGUGAAUCUGCUAUUUUUGAUCUUAGAAGAACCCAUCUCUAACACGUAUUCACAAUAAAAGAUGUCAGGAUUGGAAACAAUAAGUAACUUUUAAAAGAGAACAGACUACAAACUCGAUAUGAUUUCUUCAGUGGGUCAGCCAUGACAAAUUGGCAUCACGGUCAGUUGAAUGUUCAGCCCACAACUAAAUUUUGACUCUUAACAUCCAGAAUUGCAGAUAAGCCAGGGGAUAAAGAAACUAUGUUUGAUGUUCUGGUGGUGAUGACUUCAUUUGUACCUAUGGAUACUAAUACUCUAUCUAGUAAGGCAUAGUGAUCAGGCUCUGUUAAGUUACAAAUUGAUUCCAGCAGGAAAGCAGAAGCUCUAGUUUGCAUAUAUAGACAACAAAUAAUCUCAAAUUCCAUAUCAACUGAUAUCCUUAGUUCUCAAAUUCUGUCUGAAGUUCCAAGUUUUUCUAACUUCCAUUUGAUCACACAUUCAAGCAAGGAAAAACGUUUGAUAACUAGAAUGUUUCUGCAUGCAUCAGAAUUCAAAAACAUUCACAAAGCCUUACAAAAGAUGGACUCAUGUUUCCUAAUGGAUGAUCCUAAGUUAAGCUCCCUUCAAAAAGGUGACUAACCACCAAAAGAAUCCACACUGGUUUAACCUUGUUGUGUAACUUUCAAAGGAUAACAACCCAAGAAAAAUUCCUUUUAGAGUAUUAUGAACAAAAAGGCUAUUCUACCAAUCAUGAAGCCCAAAAGGAUUGCCUAAUUCUAGUUCACAACAAAACAAACUAUUACCAAAAAGCAGAAACAAUUUCCCUACUGAAUGCAAACAAACAGACUGUCAGACUGAUCAAAGAAAUUAUAUCUUUCUGGAAGAAGACAGACAAUAUCCAAAUGAUCCAAACAAUAUAAUACACCGUUAGAUACUCUACCAAAUCAGAAUCCAACUUCAUAAACCUCUGAAAAAGAGAGAAAAAAAAAAAGAGGAUAGUUUACCUCUCACUCUGAUGCCAAGAGAGAAUCUUGUAACUUUUUGUCCAAACAAGUUGGAAUAAUUUGGAAAUCAUCAACAGGCAAUUUCUGAGACAAAAAACCCACAUGAAACUCAAUCAUGUUAUCCACCUCAUCAACAUCCAUCCCAGUAACAGGAACCCAUAUGAAAAACCUCCUAGCAUGAAUCCCAGAAACAUCAGAAACUUUCCCAAAAUACAAUUUCCCAGUAAUAGUGGUAUCAUACAGAACCAGCUGAUCCUUGAACUGAACAUAACAUUGGUGAGUGAGUUCAAUUUUGAAGCUGCUGUCCACUGAGGACAGGGAAUAUGACUUCACGUUAUCGGGAAGAAGACCCUUUGGAAGAUUGUACUUGGGGAAGAGGUCAUGAACGUCUGUGAGUGCUGAGGCUUCAUGGCUGAUUGAUAGAGGAAUCAAGUAAAGAGAAAUGAAGAGUAAAAAUUGAAUCUUUGGAGAGAACGCCAUGGCCAUUGUUGUUGAAAUCCUUUCUGGUGGUUUUGAUUGAUGUACAAACGUUGGAACAAAUUAAUAAGAGUACUUAAAGUAAACUUUGUGAUGAUGAGCUGUUUGUUUUGGAUGGUUGACUAGAAAAUUAUUGGAAAAUUAUGGGUGGAGAAGGGAAGAAAAUCAAGAAGAGAUUUUUAUAUCGGUUACGUGUUGGAGAUAUGCUUUUAUUGGUGGUUUAUCUGAAGUCUAACCACGGGAAGAACAAAUAUUUAAGUGUCACACUUCAAAUGAGAUUAAUACAACAUUUUCUUAGUAUUCUCUUUUAACGUUGUAUAAGGAAUCCAUUGCAAAUUACACCAUAGAAAUUGACUAUUACACUUUAAUGGCUAAUGCCCUUGUGCCAUUUGUAAAUAUGCAAUUUGUUGAUUGAGAAAUUUCCAAAUUAGACUUGAAGUUUCAUGUGGUGUAAUCAAAUUACAUCAAAGCUAGCUGUUUCCUUCGGACAAAAAUUGAUGCGCCAACCAAUUGCACAUCAAUUGAAUGUUUGUUAGCAGAAAGAAGCUUCAUUAUCUGUCCUGAUCUUUAUUCGUGGUUUUGUUGCUUUUCUUCAUGUCUAUUCCCCGGAUAAGUGAGCUUCCAAUCCCUUCUUUUAGCUUUGGGGGAAGCUUCCUCCAAGCAAUUUGACAUUUAUGGAAUAACAAAGAUGAAAAUUAUGCAGCUAAGCCACUUGCUCUGUUUCAUGAACCAUUUCUUUCACAGGAUGGUGUUUAUACUUGCAGGGAGAGAACGAUUAAUAGGAAAACACCCUAUGCAACUUAUAGAGAUGAUAAUAUCAUACUCUCAACCUCCUCAGGUUAAGUCCAAUGAUCAACAAUAACACGGGCAAAGGCAACUGUUCGCCCUACUCCAAUGAAUAGUACAAACCUAUCAUCAUUUAAGCUAGCUACCAAGACAAUUGAGAUUAUGCGAGCGAAAAUUCGUAAAAGGACGACAAACUUGAACUUGAAUGGUAAUAAGAAUUCAGAUAAUAGCAGGAUAUGGUAUUACACAUUCCGGACACUUCUGUGGGAGGAACUUGAUAAAAGUACACAAUGUUUUCGUUUCUUUUACCUUACCGAGUACCAAGAAGGUUUCAGCCCUGAUAUAUAUUUACACAGAAACUGGCUUCCCUUAUCAGUCUAUCAGAUAACAGAAUUUCCAGCUAAGAUGUUCUCAAGUGGGUAAAGGAAAGGGAUGACUCCUCCAUAUGCUUCUUGCUCAGGUAUCUUCAACCAGUUACUCAGUCAUGAGAAGUUGAACAUCAUCUGUUGGCGUUGGCAGCUUCGAUACAUUCAAAAAUGAAAAGAACAGAGAACCAAUCAGUCCAGAGCAAGGGGGAGAAAACAAAUGUUUCACAAAUUAUGGAGCUACAAAGAACAACAAAUCCAAACAAGAAAACUGUCCCACUACGAUAAAUUAUGUUCAGCAUGAAACGCCAAGGAAAAAAAAAAAGAUGAGAAAUGAUAUGAGCAGGAUAGAUGCAAGGAGCAAUGCAUACAAUUUUGACUAAUUGUGAGAAGAAAAUGUACGUCAAAGGCAUAGAUCUUGCCAAAUUCAAAGAGAUAAUCACUUAACCACAAUCACCACCAAGAACCAAGUUUAAAUAGAUGAACAGAAAACCAGUUCAAGCGAGACAACUAAAAGAUCAACAAUAAGCUUAAGCUGCUUCUCACUUUGGACUAAAAGUAAAUAGAACUUUGAGAAAGUUUUUCAUCAUCAAAAGAUAAAGAGACAAACAACCAGCCACAGUAGAUAAAACCCAAGCGAGCACAACAAAAUGAAGGGACACAAUAAUUAGUUUCUUUGGACCAUUGUUUAUGUUGAAGGCAAAUAAAAUACAACGGAUUUUUUUAAAAGAAAAGUCAUCCUAGUGGUUUGGAGGAAGUCACAAACCCGAUCCUCCUACUAAUCAAUGCCUGUUAUCAAUUUACUCAACAGGAAGAUCAUCGAAGAUUGGUAAGCUUCCGCAGCAAGUUGGAUAGAUUACACAAAAAGGUCAAGCCACCUAUAGUAGAAAAGUUUUGCAAGCAAUAGAAUAUUGACAUAACAACCCACGUCAGAAGAAGGAUCCAAGCAAAGUGAGCUAAUACAGCCAAGCAAAGUGAACUCCUGAUGAACAAUUUAAAAUCAGGAGCCAAGCAAAGUGAGCAAUGACUCCAUUCCAAAUUCAAAUUUUAUUUCCGUCCUUAAAAUAGAAACAUAAAUAGUAACAGACUUUGUUCCACAUCUUUCCACACGGAAUUCAUUGUCACUAUCUCCGAUCCACCUCUCUUCCCCAUGGCUUACUCACCAUUUCUCCUCUGCUAAAGAACUUAUAGAAAAUUUACUGUCAGCAAACCUCCUUAAUCAGUAUAGUAGCAAACUGAAGUUACACAGAGACCAUAUUUACAUGACUUUAAACAACACAAGCCAAGUCACCAUCAAUAUAAAUUAAGCAGCAAUUCAGAACUACCAAAAACAUGUUUGUACUCUCUUCUUAUCCAGCAAAGAAAGAAACAAAUACUUUAUGAAAACAUAGUUGUUCAUGUGGCUAUAAUUGCAUCCAAUUGAUUUCAUUCGUUACUGUAGCUAAUGAAUAGAGAAAAUGGUCACAAAAGUUCAUGACCGCAAUUUGACCAUCCACUUCAGCAGAUUUAUGCACAGCACAAAUGAUUUAUGAAUGUGUCCUUUCGGUUAAUCUCUUCGUAUGUGUUUCCUGUAGUGAAACUCCAGACAGCUCAGGCCAUCAAUUUCCAUUAUGAAUGAACAUAAUAAAGCAACUGUAGCACAAAUUGUUAUCGGAAGAAUAUAAAGGUCUAAGAAGACGACAAGCUCAGUUUGGCAAGUGGAGCUCAACAAGGUAUUCAGGGGUCCCACUAAGAUGGUGUCCUAGUUGGGUUUUAUUUCAUUUGUCUCUGUUAAAAUGAGUUGUGCUUUUUGAUAGGAAAGAGUCUUUUUUGUUUCCUAGACAGAACAAUUUGAACUGAACUGCCCCUUUCCAAGAAUGACCAUCUCCUCUUGAAAACAUCAGAAUUACCAAAACGGAACAAACGGCAGCAGAAAAAGUCAAAACUUGAUUUAUAAAAAAAAAACACUUUCUAAAAUGGCAAAAAGUUAGCAAUAGAUAAACAAUAUGCUCAUCCAUGAACAUCAUAUCUGGUCAUAUCUACAACUUGGUAGUUUUAAAUUAAUUCCUUUGCCGAACAGAAUAAAGUAUCACAAUCAGGGAUUGAAUCAGCUUGUAUGCAUCUGUUGAGUGCUCAUCCAUCCAUGUGCCAUGAAAAUCAAAGCACAAGAAUAGCAUUUCUUCACCCCAGAGCCAUCAUAUCAAGAAAAUGGACUCAUUACUCUUGUCCUAUUGAACUCUUUUACUCCAGAAAAUUCAGAUUUAGAUAACCAUCUCAUGUUCAAGAAUCUAAACAAAAUGAAUUCUUGUGUGUUAGACAAAUGGAACAAACAUGGGAGAAAAAUGAAAAUUAUCCUGCAGUAAACAUAGAACAGAAUCUCUUUCAAAAACCUUCCCCUUUUGGCUAAGUCAAGGAUUAUAACCUAGUCAAUUUGGGUUGGACCCAAAUUAAGGGUAAGGUUUCCCAACAACAGUUUUCUGUAUUCAUAGAGCCUGCGAGUUGCUUAAAGUGCACCAGGCUUCUUACUAUUUGGUUUCAUUAAGUCUUGGAUCUUCAAAGGCAUUCACAUAUCUACGGAACCGAGUAAAAAGUACUUUUGGCGAUACCAGAAAAGAUAAAGUUAUUUCCAAGUAAAAACUCUUAUCAUGCCUGAGAGCUUAAUUAUUUUGUAGGUGCUUAACAAGAGUGCUCAAAUGCUACACUCAGAAGGUGAAUAUCAGCAACAGCAGAAGAGGAUACUAGCAAACACUUUCUAUUCGACUUUCAGAUUUCAACAAACCACUAUUUGUAUUACAGAAGAUAUGAACAGUAAGUCAUCAAUGCAAGGAUGGGAAGUGGUACACAAAGUUUAUGGUGGUUCAGGCUUAACUCUUAAGACAUGAGGCCAACACAGUUCCAUUUUUCUGCUUAGUGCAACCAAAGGUCCAGAGUUAAACGUAAUUUCCAGAGGCAAUGAUUCUGUUUCUGGUGAUCGAAAACUUCAACCCAUAAGACUUUUCUAAAACAUAGUUAAAGAACUUAUCAAUUGGUUAGAACUACGAAUUCAAAAAAUUUUGCUCUGGUAAUUAAGAUGCCACCUAGUUUUCACAAUCCUUAAAAUUUCAAUCAUAAACUGAAGGACCACAUAACGAAACUCGAAUACAACAUGCAAUUCCGUCCAACGUCCCAGAACCGCCGUCUGGACCACAUUAUGCGCAUACCACAUAAAUGCAUUCAAAAUCAUUCUUUAUUUUUUUCCUGGAACUAAUAACAGAAAGUACUCAACCUAUCGAUAUUCCAGAAGAUGUAAGUUGAAACAUAAAACUCACACUAGUUGACAAAGCACAUAAAAGUGAAUAUCCAUUUGAAGUUGACAAACUUCUCAUGCGCCAAUUAUCAAGUGAAGCAAUAUGUCAUAUCUACAGGUGAUAACAUAUCAGCAACUAACAACCUAAAGAGGUGGUUCAACAACCAUCACCUGAAAUUAAAUGUUUAUGCAAACUAAACUGACCCUAAAACAAACAACUCACAAACUCCAAUAUAGCAAGCCAAACCAAAGACGAUGAGUCUUCAUGCAAAAUGCAUUGAAUUAAGAGGAAAAUAAAUUCUACUUAUAAACUUCCACGACAAAAUCAAAUCUUUAUCAUCAAUCAAGUGGCAAAGAGAAACCAUUAAACUUCAUUGUUAACAAGAAAAUAAGAAAGUCAACAAGCUUAAGCAGCGCAACGGAAAAGCCAUACCUCAAAACCACUCCUCAAGGAACCACCACAGAAGCCCAGAGCCUUGUCACUGCAAGAAUGAACCGUCUGAAACUGGUCCACAUCAAGCUUCUUGUUGAUAAUUCCAACAGUGAAAUAAAUACUAUCAGAAGGAGGCAAAUCAACUUUAAUCUCGUCAACAUCAAACCAGAAAAACAAUCUCUGGACUUGAAUCCCUUUCAAGUCGGUUAUAGACCCAAUACUCAACUUCCCAUUAAUUUUCUUUUCGUAAUAUACCAGGUAAUCAAAAUGGAUGUAACAAGGCUUCUCCAGAAGAACUUCAAAGGUUCCAUCAUCAGAAAGGGUGUAAGAUUUUACAGAGUCCGGUAAUAACCCACUUGGGAGCCCAUAUUUUGGGAGGAUUUCGUAUACUGUUGGAUUAGGAUCUCCUCCAUUAACAGAUGAAAGAAUAAACAGAAUCAAUGAUGAAAGAAGGAAAAAAAGAUGAAAUCUUUUUGGAAUCAAACCCAUGAUUCUGGUUGGUUUCUUUUUCUUUUGUUUGGUUUCGUGUACUCAAACUGGUGGAUUGUUUCUUCCAACUCUACUAGAAGAAUGAUUUUCAGAUGGGUUUUACCGUUGUUUAUAUAUAGGACAAUUUCUUCCCCAUCUGAAAACAACCCCUUUAGCCGCCUUACCUGAAAAUAAAUCUGUACAAUUUUCCACACCAACAGAAUAUCAUCAAAAAAAAAGGGAAAUUAUUGUGAUCCUAUAACUAUUUGUUAAAAAAAAUUUAUUUUCAUUAAAAAAUAAAUAUAAAAAUUUAUAGGAAAAAAU